AUGUUGAUGGAGAAAUCUGAGGAUAAGCAUGUUCCCUCAAUGGGGCCAGAAUAUCACCCAUCUGCUCUCAACAUCAUUAGCUCCGAUGUUUUAUACAUUUUUCUAGAGUGUGGUGACAUCAUCCCAGAGGCGAAGGCUGCACCAGAGCUGCUGCCCAGCAGAGCGGAGGCCAGAAGUAAACCAGACUUCCCUGUCAUUGUCAUAGAGAGAGAGAGAGAGGCCUGGACGCCACAGCAUUCCCAUCACAGGUACGACAAUUCUGAGGGAUAUUUAGGGGCCUGUUCUACUGUGUCCCCUCCCCAGUGUCUGUCCCCCUGGUGGGCUCGCUUUCAUCAGGGGCCGCCCCUCAUCCACAGGGCCGUCCCCGCUCUGGGUGAACUAAAUCGCGGCGUAAGAACCAGACCAGUGGGGCAUGAAGACACCUGCCAUUCUAGCAACGAAGCUUGUCACCCGAUAACAGAGCCAUCAAUCAUUCACCCUUCAAUCCACCAUCCACUGUCUGUCCCCAGAUUAUGGCACAGCACGGCAGCCCGGUACACCAUCGCCACAGCAGCGAGCGAUCCACUGUGCAGUCUUCCAGCUGUGUUCGGAGGUGUACCGUGCACCUUGGGGCUGGGGGCUUUCCAGCUCAGCCUGGUGGUCUUACUCACUCUGGAUGAUGUGGAGAGGAAGAGGAGGAAGAGGAGGCUGAGGAACAGAGGCCAAAGAAAUACAGAAGAGGAACAGGAGCUGGAUCACAAGCAGCUGCUCAGAGUCAGGAUUGCACAGGCUUAGCGGAGGAUCAGCGGCCCAGCUUGCUUCACUGUGGAUGCUAGUCCUUCCGCAGACAAAGUGCUCCAACAAGUGCUGUUUUUAAUUAGGGGCAAAUGCCACUUGUAA